AUGUCGACCAACACCUUCGCCAGCUUCACCAACGAAGGCGAGGUCCGCUUCACUUCGAACGCGGUCAUCACGCCCGAAAAUGUCAACAGCACGUCAAUCAAGCUCCGCGAGCCCAAGCCCUCUACGGGCUCAGCGAACCCUGCCGGCUGGUCUCGCAACGACAUGCCGCGCUUCUGCGACGCGGCUGCGCGCAGCACCCUGUGCGUGGGCCUGCCCUCCAAGGUCAUGAGUGGUAUAGUGGCCAAGAUCAAUGCCGAUCCGCUCGUCAACGUCACUGGAAAAGGCCAGCUGUACGGCAACUACUCGUGGUUCUUCGCCCAGACGCUCCCCGCGACGGCCUUUACGCUGACCCUCAAGCAGGGCAACAUCACCAAGAUGGACAGCUUCCAAGCGUUUCUCAAGAAGGUCAAGAGCUCGGUGCUGUGCGACGUCGGCCUCAAGAUCGACGUCGUAUUCCUGGGCCCUCCGAGACUGUUCGGCUUGCUGCAGGACACGCGUCUCGAGGUGACGAUCGUCAAUCUUCAUGUCCGAGACCUUACCGAGCUGUCCCCUCCUCGCACCGUCGUAGCCGUCGAGACUGUCGCCACCGACGGCGCGGUCAACGAGGCUCUCGUCAAGAAGCUCGCGGAUCGCGGUAUCCACCUGACUGGCGGCACGCUGCGCCACUCGACCAACACCGGUGGAGGCAGCAAGCGCGAUGCUCCGACCGACGGCAAGCGCGAUGGCCGUUCCAGCGCCAAGGCCGUCAAGCAAGAGGCUCCAGGCAACGCCUUCGGGUCGACCUCGCGCUAG